AUGGACGAGGGAAAAAAUAUUCCGUCUUUUCUUGAGGACCACAGAGUUAAGUUUGUCGAGGAAAAAGUUUGCGGGCUAAUGCGGGUGCACAGCCAGACAUGGCAAAGAAAUGCUGUCAGUGAAGAGUUUCAAGCCCCUCUGAAGAAUUUCUUUGAAAAGCAGUCGCUUAUAUUUUUCUCUUCCUCUAAAAAGGGCUGUCUGGUUGCUUCUAAUGAGGUUCCACCAGAUGCGAAAAAUGAACAAAUCUAUAUUCUCAAGAAGAGAGUUGUUCCAGUCACCUCUGAAAACUGCAGGGAACUGCUGCUCUUUGGCCUUUUGACUCCACCAGUUCUCCUGCAGCUGUCAUGUGCAGUUAAGCAGAUAUGUGUUCCACUGCUGUCCGACAACAAAAACCAUCAGACUUGGCCACUUCUGAUAUCUGAAGACAUCCUUCGACAUGUGGAAAUCAUGUGCAGUCAGACCUCAGUUGUGCAGGGAUGGGUUAUGGGGAAAACUGUCCUCCCUGUUCCAAUAGCAGCUGACUGGAUGGAAAAGUCACACGGCAUCUUUGAAAAGCAUGAAAACUAUGACAGGGCAGUAGCCCAUACCAUAGAGACCCAGGUCAUCAACUGGACAAAUCUGAUCCAGAAAAUUUUAAAGGAGGAUUCAUCAGACAAACUAAUAACAGGCUGUAAUCCAGGGCCCAGUGCAGAACUGAAGUUUUGGGCAUCCAGGAAGAACAACAUAGAGUGCAUUUAUCAUCAGCUUCAGAGUCCAGUUAUUCAAAUGAUGGUGAAGAUGUUAGAGACGAUGGAUAGCAGCUAUCAUCCAGCAAUCAAGAUGCUAAUUGGAAAAGUGUGUGAUGCUCUUCGAGAAGCCGAGGACAUUGACCUCCAUCUACAGCCACUACAUGCACAGCUGUCUCAUUUGGAAAACGGAGAGCUUCUACUCAUGGAAACAUACAUGCCGGCACUUUUUCACACGCUUUACCUCAUUUGGACCAACUGCCGGUCUUACCAAAGACCAGCACGCAUCGUGGUAUUACUGCAGGAACUCUGCAAUCUGCUCAUUGAACAGGCUUCUACAUACCUCUCUGCAGAUCUGCUUCUCAGAGAGGAUCCAGAGGAAAGUCUACAAAUGGUAAAGAGAGUCAUAAAAGUUUGUAGGUGUUUCAAAGACAGUUACCAGACCCAGAGGGAAAGACUCGCCAGCCAAGUGAAACAUGCACCCUGGGAUUUUCCAUCUGCUAUGAUUUUCUCACGUUUCAACCAGUUCUUUAAUCGUAUGCAACAGCUUGAGGAAUUCUUUGAAAUCAUGCUACACUAUAAGAGAAUGGAAAAGUUGGAAUUUGGUGGAACUAAAGGGAAACUCUACAGUGAGCAUGCUGCUAAGAUGCACAAAGAGUUCAGUGACCUCUGCCAAGCACUGAUCCACAGUAAAAACUGCCCGCUUGACUUGAACUCUCAGGGUUUUGAAAGUGAGUAUAAGAAUUUCAAGAUUAAGAUUGCGGACAUUGAAUGCCGCCUUGCUCGCUUUCUGUGUUUGGUUUUCAAGGAUUGUUCAGGCCUCGAAUCAGCAAUGAAAAUGCUAACUAUUGCUGGACCCUUCCUGGAGAAAAGACAGAUUAGACAGAUAUUUGGUCCCAACUUCCUUCUGCUACAGCAACAUUUCAGAGAAGAGCUGGAGACGUGUAAACAUCUAUUGAAAUUACAGCUUAAUCAGAUGGAAACUAGUCUGAUGAAGAACAUGGCACACACAUCUGGAGCUUUCAAGUGGGCAAAAAUGCUCAGAGAACGCAUUCAAAGACCGUGGGAAAAAUUCAGAUUGCUUUUUGGCAAGCCUGCAGAAGGAGUAGACAUGGUUACUGAGUACAGCAUGUACACGGAGAUCUUGAAUCUACUAGACCAGUUUGAGAAGGACAUUUACUCAGACUGGUGCUGUGGCUUAAAACAGACGUGCCUGAUUAACCUGAACGAGCCACUUAUCUCCAGAAAUCCCUCUUCUGGCCUGAUUUCAGUCAACUUUAAUCCAAAGCUGACUGAGGCCUUAAAGGAUGUGAAGUAUUUUCAGACUGUCAGUGAGAUCAACAUACCUCCAGAUGCACUGGCUGUUUUUGAGAAGCGUGAAAUGUUCACAAAGUAUGUGAACGGUUUGCAGCUGUUAGUACAGUGGUACAACAAGCUUAAGCAGACAGUGUUAGAGGUGGAACUUCCUCUCAUCAGAGCUGAGCUGGAGUCAGUAGACCUGCAGCUGUCGAGAGCAGAGACCAGCUUGACAUGGCAGGACGAGGACUGCUGGAGCUUCAUCAGCAACACCAAACACCUUGUACAAGACCUUGUCUGUCGAGUUAAUAGAGUGAGGGAAAACUGUGAUGCCAUUCAGUCUGUGAUGAAGAGAUGGAGCAAACAGGCCAUGUUUUGCAGAAAGGACAACAAAAAAGGUUCACUCAUACAACUGGAUGAGAGAGGAGACUCUUUCAGGAAGAAGUACACCUCCAUGAAGAAUGAUGGAGACUAUAUACAUGUGCUGGUGCAGGAGAACAUGGUUCUUUUCCAUGCUGAUCCGGAUUCAGAAGAGUGGCAGUGCUACCUGGAAUAUUUGGAUGACAUGGUUGUUGAAGGGCUCUUCAGCUACAUCAGUCGCUCUCUUCAUUUCCUCGUGGAAAACAUGGAGACAGGCCUGAACCAGACUCCACUGUUUGAGGCGAAGCUAAUCCUCAAUGGCUCAAAGAUGACUUUCUGUCCCUCAAUGGAGAAAGAUGCAGGAGACAGCCUCUAUGAACUGAUAGAGGGGCUGGUUGCAGAUGUAUUCAAGACUUCAGUGAAUAUCAGGAGAGUGGCUGCUCAUCUUAGCAUGGAGACUUAUCAGGAUGUAAUGGAUGACAUGCUAGACUUGCUGGACCUGAGACAGGAAAUAAUGGAGCGAGUGGAGAACGUCCAGAAGAAAGCAAUAAAUUACCAGACAAAGUUUGAUUGUUAUACUCAUCUGUGGCAAGAUGACAGGGCAGAGUUUCUCAGGCAGUUUCUCCUUUAUGGACGUGCACUCACAUCAGAGGAGAUGGAAGCCUGUACAGGAGAUGCACUCCCUGACAAUCCUCCUACAAUCAAUAACUUCAAAGAACAAAUCGAUUAUUAUGAGGAUCUGCAUGAUGAAAUUUCCCACUUUGAAGACUUCAGAGUUUUUGAUGGAUGGUUUCGGGUGGACAUCAAGCACUUUAAAGUCAGCCUUCUUAACACACUAAAAAGGUGGAGCUGGCUCUUCAAAGAGCAUCUCUUGACCAAUGUCACCCACAGUCUUGAUGAGCUGCAGAAGUUUAUCCAAGCUACUGUUGAAGGGCUAAAACAACCUAUAGCUAAAGAUGACAACCAUGGCUUUGUGGAAGUGAUGAGUCACCUGUUAGCUGUAAAGGACAGACAGAAUGCCACAGACAAGAUGUUUGAGCCUCUUAGAGAAACAGUUAUCCUCUUGGAACAAUAUGGUGUGACCAUACCAGACCAUAUCUACUUGCAAAUGGAGGAACUUCCAGAGAAAUGGAGUGGGGCUAAAAAACUGGCCCUAAGAGUGAGGCAUGAGGUGGCACCCAUGAAGAAUGCAGAAGUGAUGGUUUUACGAAGACGGUGCAUGGAUUUUGAGGUGAAACAAACCCAGUUCAGAGAGAUGUUCAGAGCAAUGGCACCCUUCAGUUACAAGGCAGUAAAUCCUUACAGUAGUCUGGAGAAAUCAGAAAAAGCAAUCCGGGAUAUGGAGAGAGAAGUAGCAGAGCUGCAAGAGUCUGCCAGCCUACUUGAUGUUUCCAUUUCUGACUACAGAGACAUCAAGCUCUGCAGACGAGAGAUUGCGAUUCUCAAAGAACUGUGGGACAUUGUUGUAUAUGUGCAAAGCAGUGUGGAAAACUGGACAAUGACCAAAUGGAGGCAGAUAAACGUGGACCAGAUGGAUGCAGAAUUGAGGAGGCUUGCCAAGGACAUACAAAAGCUUGACAAAGAAGCUCGCUUGUGGGAUGUGUAUUCUGGAUUAGACCUUUAUGUAAAGAACUUGUUGACGUCACUGCAGGCUGUGAGUCAACUGCAGAACCCGGCAAUACGAGAGCGUCACUGGGUCCAGCUAAUUAGAUCAACACAGAUGGAUUGCACUGUGACAGAUGGUACCACUUUGGAGGACCUGUUGGCUUUACAGCUCCAUUUGUUUGAAGACGAAGUCCGCAACAUAGUGGAAAAGGCGGUCAAAGAGAUGGCCAUAGAGAAGGUUGUUACAGAAAUAAGUCAGACGUGGAUGUCAAUGGAGCUUUCAUAUGAAGAGCAUUACCAGACCUCUGUGCCACUGCUUAAAUGUGAUGAACAACUCAUUGAAACUCUUGAGGAUCAUCAGGUUCAGCUCCAGAGUGUCUUUCAGAAUAAGCACAUAGAUCACUUCCUGCACCAGGUAGUGGAACUACAAAAACAGUUGACGGUGGCUGACUCUGUGUUGAUGGUCUGGAUGGAGGUCCAAAGGACAUGGGCCUACCUUGAAAGCAUUUUCAAAGGCUGUGAUGACAUUUGCCAGCAACUGCCUGCAGAUACACACAGAUUCAAAACAAUAGAUGCAGAAUUUCAGGAGCUAAUGUUGGGCAGUGCCAUCAUUAAAAAUGUAAUUGAGGCCACUAACAAACCUCAUCUACUGGAGACGUUAGAGGAUCUACAAAAAAGGCUGGCAUUAUGUGAAAAAGCUCUUGCUGAAUACCUGGAAACGAAAAGACUCGCAUUUCCACGAUUCUACUUUAUUUCAUCCGCAGACUUGUUGGACAUCCUCUCUAAAGGAAGUCGCCCCAGAGAAGUGACUGUCCAUCUCUCAAAAAUAUUUGACAACUUGACCGAUCUUGAGUUCAGCAAAAAUGAGCAGCUGAGUAAUCCUAAAGUUGCUGUGGGCAUGUAUAGCAAAGAGAGGGAAUUUGUCCCAUUCCAGACUGAAUGUUUGUGUCGCGGGCCGGUUGAGGCAUGGCUCAGUCGUCUCGAAGAGUCUAUGAAGGAAUGUGUCAUGGGUCACCUAUCCGAGGCUGUGUCUGUGUACGAGGACAGACCCAGAGAGCAGUGGAUUCUCGAUUUCCCUGCCCAAGUUGCUCUCGCUGGAUCACAGAUCUGGUGGACUAAUGAUAUGGAACUUGUGUUCAAAAGGCUGGAAGAAGGAUUUGAGUCAGCGCUAAAAGACUACAAUAAAAAACAGGUUUCUCAACUCAACAUGCUGAUUGGCAUGCUACUUGGAGAGCUAAGCUCAGGAGACAGGCAAAAGAUCAUGACUGUAUGCACCAUUGAUGUCCAUGCCAGAGACAUUGUUGCCAGCCUCAUUGCUAAAAAGGUCACCACCUCACAGGCCUUCCCAUGGCUUUCACAGCUUCGACAUUACUGGAGUGAGCAGCUUCGCCACUGCUACAUCAACAUCUGCGAUGCUCAGUUCAUUUACUCUUAUGAGUAUCUUGGAAAUACACCACGUUUGGUCAUCACUCCUCUGACAGACCGGUGUUACAUCACCUUGACUCAGUCACUCCACCUGAACAUGAGUGGGGCCCCGUCAGGCCCUGCUGGAACAGGGAAGACUGAGACCACAAAGGAUCUUGGCAGAGCCAUGGGUGUCAUGGUAUACGUCUUCAAUUGUUCUGAACAGAUGGACUACAAGUCCAUUGGAAAUAUUUACAAGGGUCUGGCACAGACUGGAGCAUGGGGCUGCUUUGAUGAAUUCAAUCGUAUCCCUGUGGAUGUUCUGUCGGUUGUAGCGGUGCAGGUUAAAACCAUUCAGGACGCCAUUCGAUCUAAAAAGGAAAGGUUUCUGUUCCUCGACAAGGACAUUGCCUUAAAACACUCGGUUGGGAUUUUCGUCACUAUGAAUCCUGGCUAUGCAGGGAGGACGGAGCUACCUGAGAACCUCAAGUCUCUUUUCAGACCCUGUGCCAUGGUGGUGCCAGACACUGAACUCAUUUGUGAGAUCAUGCUUGUGGCAGAAGGCUUCCGUGAUGCUAAGCUUUUAGCCAAGAAGUUCAUCACUCUGUACACUCUCUGCAAGGAACUGCUCUCCAAGCAGGACCACUAUGAUUGGGGUUUGCGUGCUGUCAAGUCUGUUCUGGUUCUGGCAGGGGCAUUGAGAAGAAGAGACAAAACAAGAGCAGAGGAUCAGGUGCUGAUGCGUGCACUGCGGGACUUCAACAUGUCUAAAAUUGUGACAGAGGAUGUGCCUAUCUUCAUGGGACUGCUGGGAGACCUGUUCCCAGACAUGGAAGUAGAACGAGAAAGAGACCUAGAAUUUGAAAAGGCCAUUCGAAAGACUACACUUGAUCUUCGGCUGCAGCCAGAGGAGACAUUUAUCCUCAAGGUGGUGCAGCUGGAGGAGCUCAUGGCUGUACGUCACUCUGUCUUUGUUGUUGGAAAUGCAGGGACUGGAAAAAGUCAGAUAUUGAGAGUUCUCUAUAAAACUUAUGUAAACCUGAAAAGGAAGCCUGUAUGGAAUGAUCUCAACCCAAAAGCAAUAGACAGAGAUGAGCUGUUUGGCUUCAUCCAUCCUGCAACUCGAGAAUGGAAAGAUGGUUUGCUUUCAUCACUGAUGCGAGAGCAGGCAAACAUCUCCCACAGUGGGCCUAAGUGGAUUGUGUUGGAUGGAGACAUUGAUCCGAUGUGGAUUGAAUCACUCAACACAGUGAUGGAUGAUAACAAGGUACUGACUCUAGCCAGUAAUGAACGUGUGGCGCUUACUUCAUCUAUGAGACUGAUUUUUGAAAUCAGUCACCUAAGAAUGGCGACUCCUGCCACUGUGUCUAGAGCAGGUAUCCUCUGUGUUAACCAGCAGGACCUGGGCUGGAACCCGUACGUUGCCACCUGGAUUGACCAAAGAGAACGGCAGACUGAAAAGGCCCAUCUCACCAUACUGUUUGAGAAAUACGUUCCACGUUGUCUAGAACAGAUGAAAAACACUUUCAAGACAAUCACUUCCAUUCCGGAGAUCUCUAUGGUGCAGACACUCUGCACUUUGCUCGACUGCCUUCUGACACCAGAAAAUGUUCCUUCUGAAUCCCCUCGUGAAAUCUAUGAGACCUACUUCACCUUUGCCUGCAUCUGGGCUUUCGGUGGGGCCUUGUAUCAAGAUCAGCUCUGUGAUUAUCGAGCGGAGUUCAGUCAGUGGUGGACCAAAGAGAUGAAGACUGUAAAACUGCCAGCACAGGGAACAGUGUUCGACUUUUACCUUGACCAUCAAACCAGGCGGUUUUUGCCCUGGAGUGAUACCGUGCCACACUUUGACAUGGACACUUGUACACCAUUACAGGCUGUUCUUGUACACACAGCAGAGACCGUGUGUCUUCGCUACUUCAUGGACUUGUUGCUGGAGAGGAGACAGCCAGUGAUGCUUGUGGGGAAUGCCGGAGUGGGAAAGACUGCACUCGUCAGGAACAAGUUAGACUGUCUGCCAGAAAGUUACAUGACCACAAAAGUACCUUUGAACUACUACACCUCCUCCCUCAUGUUGCAGGCGAUCUUAGAGCGACCAUUAGAGAAAAGAGCAGGCAGAAGCUACUCCCCUGUAGGCAACAGAAGGCUGAUCUACUUUAUAGAUGACAUGAACAUGCCAGCUAUGGACAGUUAUGGCACAGUACAGCCUCACACACUUAUACGCCAACAUCUGGAUUAUGGGCACUGUUAUGACAGACAGAAACUGACCCUGAAAGAAAUACAUAAUACCCAAUAUGUUGCCUGUAUGAAUCCAACUGCUGGGACUUUCAUUAUCAACCCCAGAUUACAGAGGCAUUUCUCUGUGUUUGCAGUGAACUUUCCUUCAUGUGAUGCUCAGAGGUCGAUCUUCAGUCAGAUCCUGUGUAGUCAUCUGAAGCAGCAGCUCUUCAGUCCCCUUGUUCAGAGUAGUGCUGCAGCUGUCAUUCAGGCAGCCAUAACUCUUCACCACAAGAUGGUUCAUAACUUUCUGCCCACAGCCAUCAAGUUUCACUACACGUUUAAUCUUCGAGAUCUGUCAAAUGUCUUUCAGGGCAUCCUCUUCUCUGGACCUGAGAAUGUGAAAGACAGCGCUGACCUGGCACAGUUGUGGCUCCACGAGUCCUGCAGAGUAUACUCAGACAGACUGGUAGAUCUAAAGGACCUGCAGCUUUUUCAGAAGCUCCAGUUGGAGACUAUGCAAGAAUGUUUUGAGGGACUGGAGGAUAUAAAGGUGAAAAAGCAGCCCCUCGUUUAUUGCCACUUUGCCCAGAUGGGUGAGAAACCCUCCUAUGCUCCUGUCACAGACUGGUCUGCACUCAGCACCAUCCUCACAGAUGCCCUGGAAAGCUACAAUGAGAUUCAUCCAGCCAUGAACCUAGUGUUGUUUGAAGAUGCCAUGCAACAUGUCUGCCGCAUCAGUCGUAUCUUGGAAACUCCAAGAGGUCAUGGCUUACUGGUCGGAGUUGGGGGCAGUGGGAAGCAAAGCCUGACUCGUCUGGCUGCCUACCUAUCCUCUGUGGAAGUCUUCCAAAUUAUUUUGAGUAAAGGUUACACAGUCCAGGACUUCAAGAUGGAUUUGGCCGGUUUGUUCCUGAAGGCUGGAGUGCAGAACAAGCGUGUGGCUUUGCUCCUGAGUGACGCACAAAUAUCCGAUGACCGGUUUCUGGUCAUUAUUAAUGACUUUCUGGCAUCAGGUCAGACCCAAACUCCAAAUUAAUUUACACUGUGUUGUUUCAUCUGUUCACCUGACUCAUAUACCUGUUCGUCUAUAAUAAUGACUGUGUUUUGCUGUACAGGGGAAGUUCCUGAGGUUUUCAGUGAGGAGGAGAUUGAAAGUAUUGUGUCUGGGGUGAGAGCUGACGUGCGAGGCGUUGGUCUUCUGGACAACAGGGAAAACUGUUGGAAAUUUUUCACAGAUCGAGUGGGACUACAGCUCAAGGUAGUCCUGUGUUUCUCUCCUGUGGGCAGUGUUCUGCAGGUUAGGGCUCGUCACUUUCCAGCCCUCAUCAACUCCACAAUCAUCGACUGGUUUUAUUCUUGGACCCCUGAAGCUCUGCAGUCAGUCAGCUACAGGUUCAUCCAAAAAGUUGAAGGCAUUGAGCCUGCCGUCCAGGAAUCCAUCAGUCUUUUCAUGGCCUAUGUUCACACUAGUGUCAACCAGGCAAGUGAAAAAUACCAGCGCAAUGAGAAGAGGUACAAUUACACCACCCCCAAGAGCUUUCUCCAGCAAAUCACCCUGUACAGAAACCUUCUGGAGAAAAGCCGGGCUCAGCUUCAGCACAAGAUGAACCGACUCGACAGCGGCCUUCAGAAACUCCAAACCACUGCUGCUCAGGUUGAAGAUCUAAAAGCUAAACUUGCAUCCCAAGACGCUGAACUGACCCUUAAAAAUGAGAACAUUGAAGCUCUGAUUACUAAGAUUGGACAGCAAACUGAGAGGGUGAGCAGCAAGAGAGAGGCUGCAGAUGUUGAAGCACAAAAGGUUGCUGUGAUCCAGGCAGAAAUUGCUGUCAAACAGAAGGAGUGUGAAAACGACCUAGCCAAGGCAGAGCCGUUACUGGCAGCCGCCACAGCAGCACUAAAUACCCUCAACAAGGUGAAUCUUACUGAGCUGAAGGCCUUUCCAAACCCCCCGGCAGCAGUAAUCAACGUAGCAGCAGCUGUGAUGGUCCUGCUGGCCCCCCGUGGUCGAGUGCCUAAGGAUCGGAGCUGGAAGGCAGCACGGGCCUUCAUGGGCAAGGUGGAUGAUUUCCUGCAGGCCUUGAUGUCGUAUGAUAAGGAGCACAUCCCUGAGUCAUGCCUGACUGUGGUGAAACAAGAAUAUCUGAGAAACCCAGACUUUCACCCUGAUCUAGUUUGGACCAAAUCUACAGCUGCAGCUGGUCUUUGUGCCUGGACCAUUAAUAUUGUGAGAUACUACGAGAUCUAUUGUGAGGUGAUUCCAAAAAGGCAGGCCUUGUCACAAGCUAAUGCAGAGCUAGAAACAGCAACAGCCAAACUGUUGGCACUUCAAAAGAAGUUGGCAGAUCUUGAUGCCAGCCUCCAGAGCAUAACAGCUCAGUAUGAAAUGGCUACAGCUGAGAAAAUCAGUUGUCAGGAGGAGGUGAUGCGUACCACCCAGACCAUAGAGCUGGCCAACCGACUAGUCAAGGGCUUAAUGUCAGAGAAGGAGCGCUGGUCCCUGAAAAUUGUCCAGUUUGAAAAGCAAAAGAAAACCCUGUGUGGUGAUGUGCUCCUCACGUCAGCAUUUGUCUCCUACAUGGGUUACUUUACCAGCCAGUAUCGUGUGGAGCUUUUUAACAACAAGUGGAUUCCUUUCCUUAGAUCUCUGAAGGUCUCUGUACCCCUGACAGACGGCCUGGAUCCAGUCCUCAUGCUUACAGAUGAUGCCACCGUGGCCGCUUGGCAUAACCAGGGUCUGCCAAAUGAUAGGAUGUCUAUUGAGAACGCGGCCAUCCUGACCACCAGUGAGCGUUGGCCACUCAUCAUCGACCCACAGCAGCAGGGUAUCAAGUGGAUCAGAAAUCAGCUAGCGUCAGAGCUGAGGGUGGUGCAGCUUGGACAGAAAGGUUGUUUAGAUGUCAUUGAACAAGCUCUUGUCUUUGGGGAAACUGUCGUGAUAGAGAACCUGCCAGAAAAGGUAGACCCGGUUCUGGAGCCUCUACUAAGCAGGAAAACUAUUAAACGAGGAAGGUACAUUCUAAUUGGAGGCAAGGAGUGCACGUACAACAGUAAUUUUAAACUCAUUCUUCACACCAAGUUGGCCAAUCCACAUUUCUCUCCUGAGCUCCAGGCCCAGACCACCCUGAUCAACUUCACCGUGACUCCUAAGGGCCUGGAGGAGCAACUGCUGGGACAGGUAGUGUCUCGGGAGAGACCUGAUUUGGAGGAACUAAAGACGAAGCUGACCACGCAGCAGAACCACUUCAAGAUUGAGCUGAGAAGGUUUGAAGAUGACCUGCUGAGUCGCCUCUCUGCAGCCCAUGGUAAUUUUUUAGGGGAUAUUUUUCUGGUGGAGCAACUUGAGAAUACCAAGACUACAGCCGCUCACAUUCAGUGCAAGGUGGCGGAGGCCAGAGAGAACGAGAGAAAGAUCAACGAGGCUCGAGAACUAUACCGCCCAGCAGCUGAGAGAGCAUCACUCCUCUUCUUUAUCAUCGACAACCUCAGCAAGAUUAACCUGAUGUACCAGUUUUCUCUCAAGACCUUUAACUCGGUGUUUAAUAAAGCAAUGGAGCGUGCCGAAUGGGAUGAGGAUGUGAGGACCAGAGUCCGCUCCCUCACUGAGGCCAUCACCUAUUCUGUAUUCCUGUACACCAGCCAGGGCCUGUUUGAGAGAGACAAGUUAACCUUCUUGUCACACACUGCCUUCCAGAUUCAGCUCAAGGAGAAACUGAUUGAUAUGCAGGAAUUAGACUUCCUGCUGCGCUAUCCUGUGGAGGCAAGCAAAGUUAGUCCAGUGCCAUUCCUCUCUAUGUCUGCCUGGGGGGCCAUUAAGACAAUUUCUACAAUUGAGGGCUUCAGUGGACUUGACAGAGACAUAGAGAGCUCACCGAAUCGCUGGAGGAAGAUAGUUGAGUCCAGCUGUCCUGAAAAUGAAAGGCUUCCUCAAGACUGGAAGAAUACGAGUUCCCUCCAGAGGCUGAUUAUCCUGAGAGCUCUUCGCCCUGAUCGGAUGACCUACACACUAAGGAAAUUUGUAGAGGAAAGCAUGGGAGCUAAGUAUGUGGACAGUGCCAGGCUGGAAUUUGAGAGGCUGUUUGAAGACAGCGGUCCCUCAACACCUGUGUUCUUCAUCCUCUCACCUGGAGUGGAUCCACUCAGAGAUGUAGAGAAACUUGGUUUAAAACUGGGAUUUUCCAUUGACCAGGGAACUUUGCACAAUGUGUCCCUGGGACAGGGGCAAGAGAUAGUGGCUGAGAGGGUUCUCAGAAAUGCCUCUAAACAUGGACACUGGGUCAUUUUGCAGAAUGUACACCUGGUGGCUCAGUGGCUGCCCUCUUUGGAUGCUCUUCUGGAGACAACAGCAGUGGACAGUCACCCCAGCUAUCGGGUUUUCAUCACCGGAGAACCCGCGCCAUAUCCUGAGCAGCAUGUAAUCCCCAGAGGCAUAUUGGAGAAUGCCAUCAAAAUCACCAACGAGCCACCCACCGGCAUGAAUGCCAGCUUGCAUGCAGCCCUCAGCAACUUCAGCCAGGACAAUCUGGAUAUGUGCUCCAGAGAACAAGAGUUCAACUCGAUGCUCUUCUCCCUCUGCUUUUUUCAUUCCUGUGUAACGGAGCGCCGUAAAUUUGGCCCACAAGGGUGGAACAACAACUACCCCUUCAGCACGGGGGACCUAACAAUCUCAGCUAAUGUCUUGUACAACUACUUAGAGACCAACACAAAAGUGCCUUGGGAGGACUUGUGUUAUCUGUUUGGAGAGAUCAUGUAUGGAGGACACAUUACUGAUGUCUGGGAUAGAAGACUGUGUAAAACUUACCUGCAGGAAUUUAUGCAUCCUAAAAUGUUUGAAAUGGAUCUCUCUCUGUGUCCGGGGUUCCUGUCUCCUCCGUUCUUGGACUACACUGGUUACCACCGCUAUAUUGACGAACAUCUCCCCUCCGAGAAUCCCACUUUGUAUGGUCUCCAUCCAAAUGCUGAGCUUGAGUGCCUCACUGUCACCUCAGACAACCUCUUAAAGGCUCUGUUGGAACUGCAGCCACAGAACUCUUCCAGAGGAGAGGGAGCAGCUCAGAGCACAGAGGAGAAGGUCACGUCAAUUAUUGAAGACAUCCUUGACAAGCUUCCUGAGGAGUAUAACAUGGCAGAGAUUAUGGCAAAGACAACAGAGCGAAACCCAUACACCUUAGUUUGCUUUCAGGAGUGUGAGCGCAUGAAUCUCCUGUUAGCUGAGAUAAAGAAGUCCCUUCAUGAGCUGGAUCUUGGUCUGAAGGGCGAACUCACUUUCUCCUCCAGGAUGGAGAAUCUGCAGUCUGCACUGUUCAUGGAGCAGGUCCCAGACUCCUGGGCCAGAUUGGCUUAUUCCUCCACUAAAACACUGGCACAGUGGUUGAACGAUCUAAUGUGUAGCUGCCACGAGCUCGACAGCUGGACUCAAGAUUUUGUCCUACCUGCAGUUGUUUGGCUUUCGGGGCUCUUUAACCCUCAGUCCUUUCUUACCGCUGUGCUGCAGAGUAUUGCUCGCAAAAACAAGUGGCCCCUGGACAAGAUGACCCUGAGCGUGGAUGUAACAAAGAAAAUGAAGGACGACUUUGGGCAUCCUCCACGGGAAGGAGCCUACAUCCACGGACUCUUCAUGGAAGGAGCACGUUGGGACACUCAGGCUGGAGUCAUCUCUGAGGCGGUUUUGAGAGAACUGACGCCAGCCAUGCCUGUGCUGUAUGUUAGAGCUGUGCCCGCAGAGGAGCGGGACAUCAGUAAUACUUUUGAGUGUCCAGUGUACCGCACCAAGCAGCGUGGACACACUUAUGUGUGGACCCUCCGCCUCCGAACCAAACAGCCAGCUACCAAGUGGAUUGUAGCUGGAGUGGCUUUGUUGCUGUCUGUGUGAAAUUCAGUAUUCAAGUAUUACUGCAGUGUAAGAGCAGUAUGUUUUUAAACAGUAUUGGA